AUGGCCACACAGUCCACCAUGACAGAACAAGUUGACAAUCCCCCGGAUUAUGAUAGCCUUCCACCCCGCAGGCCUGACAUCGAACGCAUACGGACCCCAUCAGCCCCAGAACCACCAAGCGGCUCUUCCCAGGCAUUCAAGGUCAACGGAACGAUCUAUGUAGCAGCACAGAUAGCGAAUAUGCCUCGUGCGGCGCAUCUUAACGAAUCCCUUGCAAGUGCGGAAAAGAUGAUCCGUAAUAUAGAGGCGAUUCUGAAGGCGGCGGGGUCUGGUUUGGACAGGAUUAUUAAAACUACGGUGUAUUUUACGGAGAACUUGUGGGUUCAUUUAAUAGAGGGCUUCGAUGCCCUCUACAAACGGAUCCUUCCGUUUGCACCGCCGCGGACGACUGUUUUUGUUCCGAGGAUGGGACAUAAAGGUAAUAGACAAGAGAUACAAAUGGAGGUCAUAGCAGUGGAGUGA